ACCGGUGGGAUUCGAGGAAGAAGGUUUCAGCCACAAGAAGACUUAAAGUUUACAAUUUUGAUAUAAAGAAGGAGAAGAUUUUACUAGAUUACAGGGUUAGCGGGUUUUCACUCUUGGAACGAAAGUUGGAAGCGAUCAGUGAGCUGAUCUUCUGGUCCGUGCUGGUGGGAGUGGGUCCGUCAUGGACAGGGUGAAACUGUCCCGUAUAGACGAGGAGCUGGAUUCCUCUGAGGUGGCGGCUCUGUGCUUCUUGUGUCGUGAUGUUGUCACCAAGAAACGGCUAGAGGGGGUCCGGGAUGCUAAAGAUCUUUUCCUGAAACUAGAAGAGAAAGGUCUGAUGGAGAACGAGUUUUUUCUUUCUCAGCUACUGGAUACAAUCCGUCGAGCAGACCUCCUCAGUCUGCUUGAGACAGACAGCAGGAGACCAGAAGAAACCGAUGCAGCCCCCAUGCUGUCAGCUUACACGGUGAUGCUGUAUGAAAUUUAUCAGGACUUCACCCAGGAGAACUUUGAGAAGAUGAAGUUUCUGCUGGACGGUGAUCGGAACAACAAGCUGGACAAAAGAAAACUUGAGUUGUGUAAGACAGCACUGGACUUAUUUGCUGAGAUGGAAAGGGCUGGUUUACUGUCAAACCGAAAACUUGAUGUGCUGCAUAAAAUACUGCAGGAGCUUGACCGACAACUGGCAAGGAUGGUAGAGCACCACAUGCAAGGAUUAACUGAGCCUGUUGUACCUCCUCAUGUCAGCAUGGAUCACCAGAGGAUCAACAACAAUCCUUUGCUGGUUCAGCCCUCUCUGUCUGUGACUGAGUCUCAGCCCAGCUAUGGAGGAGAGAGUGUGUACUCAGAUUCAGAUCCAAUUACAGAGUCUCCUUCUCUUCAUGACCUGGCGGAUUAUUACGACAUGAAUCAUAACCCGCGUGGUCUGUGUGUGAUCUUCAACAACGAGGAAUUUCCAGUGGGGAUGGGAAGGCGAAGAGGGUCCAAGAUGGAUGAGGACGCCCUGCACCAGUUGUUUGAAAAACUUGGCUUCACUGUGGUGGUUUAUCUCAACCUGACUGCAAACGACAUGGAACAGAAAGUGCAACAUCUGAGCAAGAGGAAUUUUUCUGAGGACGAUGCCUUGGUGGUGUGCGUGCUGUCUCAUGGAUUAAAGGGAACCGUCUUUGGCACUGAUGAACAGGAGGUGUUCAUCCGAGACCUUAUGCUUCCCUUCACCAGUGUGAGAGUUCCCAGCUUGGCAGGAAAGCCCAAAAUCUUCUUCAUCCAAGCGUGCCAGGGAAGCGGCUACCAGGAGGGGGCUGUGCCACAUCCCCCUAGACCGAGACAGGCGAGCCAGCACAUUCAGAAGCACCUGGAAGAAGACGCUGGCCGUGUGCCGGAGGAGACGGUGCCCGCGGACGCUGAUUUCCUGCUGGGUAUGGCCACCGUGCAGGAGUGCAAGUCAUUCAGACACACUGCCACUGGCUCCAUCUUCAUCCAGGAGCUGUGCAAGCAGCUUAAGAGAGCAGCAGAGAGCCCAGAAAUGGACGAUCUUCUCUCUGUGCUGACACGAGUUAAUAGAGAGGUCAGCAAAGGAGUUUUUUUAAACCAUAAGCAAAUGCCUGAGCCCAAGUACACCCUCACCAGGAAAAUCAUCCUCAAAUAUGUUUGAGCUGACUGGAACCAGGAGCAACUCUGCAGAUGUGCUAAAUUGAAGGGUUGAAAAAUCAGCUUUGUUCACCAUGUGUACAAGUAUGUUUGGAUGUCUUUUUAAACUCUGUGUUUAGCCCCUUUCACUUGUGAACUCCUGGAUGAUAUGAGGACACACCUUCACAACUGAAAUUGGUCUGAUUUGGUUGAGAUGGAGCCUGAGGUAGAACGUACCUUGAACGUAGGAGGGGAUUGUUCCGUUAUGGUGACUGUUUCCAGGUCAGAAUCACUACAGCAUGUAUGAGGACUUUUCAGCAAUACAACAACCAUGGAAACAUAAAACAAGGGACUACAGGGAGCAGGAGCUCUGAAUUUAUUUGACAUGAACCACUAAACAGCAGUUUGAUAUUAUAGAAGCAUGUGAGCUGAUAACUCUGAGCCUGAUGGAGGAAAAUGGCUACCUUGAGAAAAUCUUGAAUUACCUGCUCACUUCACCCCAGCAUCUCACAGGUUUUGUAGUAGCAACUGGUCAACAUAGACCCUGCUUGAAAUCAGGGGCCACAUCCGGCUUUUACGUUAAAGGGGACAUACUAUGCAAAAAUCACUUUUUCAGGCUUUUCUAACAAAAACAUGUGCCCCUGGCAUGUCCACAAUCCCCUCAAGUACCAGAUAAUCCCCUCCUCCCCUUUCCUUUCUCCGUCUUUCAGAAAAUGUGCUGAAACAAGCCGUUCUCAGAUUUCCCCCCUCAUGAUGUCAUAUGGGGAGUUAGCACCACCCCCAGGUUCAGUUGGCCCUCCCUGCUUGGAAGAAAGUUCCACCCUCCC